UUUACCCUACAUGGGUGAAGCAGGUUAUGGCUUUGCCUACCAGGAAAACUCGCAGGGCCUGGACAAUGUGCCCCCCACUGACUGACAGUCAUACACCGAGAUCAUGAGGGCAGCGUGCCCCACUCCAGUCUCCGUGAUGGAGGAGGCCCCCUCCCCCCGGAGUGUGGGGAGCUACCAGAACCCACUGUAUGUCAGGACCAGGGUAUCUAAGGGAUUCGCGUGUCGAAAGCCGAGCCUAUGUCGAAAGCCGAGCCUACGUGACCCUUGGGUUCGGGAAAAGCCCUUGUCCCCUCCCAGCAACCUUCAAGGGACAUGCAUCCUCCAGAGAAAGCCGCGCCCGCACGAUAGGGGCCUCAACCCGCCAGCUACCCCCAGGACCCCCUCGCCUACAGCACGGCCAGAGGAGAUCCCGAUCACUAUGUUCCGUGAUAAUUCGGAGUGCUAUGACUGGGGGUCAAGUGCAGAAAGUGAGUGGGAGGGGGAUGACAGUAUGCACCCCCUCAGCGUCACCGGCAGGAACCCCGCCGCCAGCGAGAGCAACGUCGUCGACUAUCAUGAUGUCCGUCUUCCCGAUGUGCACCUGCCCUCAAAGACAAGGUCCGCCGUGCAGCAGAGUCGCAAUAGGAACAUGCCCCACCGCUACAAUCUCACACUCCUGCCCACAAAGACCCUGAAUGUGGGUGGACUUCGCCUUCCCUUCCCCACCGAACCUCCCUGUGCUAGUGGCAAGGAUUACAAGCCUGGGCGAGUAGUGAACACGUCUUUCGACUGUUUCCGCUGCGAGCACCGGAUGUCGGCACACGACAACCACCAGUGGCUGAAGUCAAUACUCGUCUCAUCCCGACUACGAAGGACAACGAAGCUACCGAGCUACUCCAAAGGCGACAUUUCCUGGGCGUUGUUCCCGCGGUAUUGGAGCAACCAGUAUCUCAGUCCCGAGCCAGAGAUCCAGGUGAAGACACCAGACACCCGCCCCAUUACACAGACACCCGACACCAUCUCCGGGCCAUGGCGAGGGGACAACAGUCGGUCCAUCUCAAUCAUCAACGGUCAGCUGACCAGGGAGGACCUGGAGGGUUUUCGUGGCUGCCAUGGAAAGGGGUCGUGUAAUUCUAAGAUGGAGAAGGAACAACUCACUCCUUGCAGGGCAUAUAAAUCCGAUACACAAUUGGGAGUGAACUUCAUGACGUAUGGGGACCUGUGGGGCCACAGUGCUGAUAUGAAGAACGAGAUCGCACGAGUGAACAGUCAGCUUUCUGAGAACGGAGCCCGUGAAACCACAUCUGUGACAUCCCAAAGUGACAAGAUUUCCAGGUUGUCUGUAUACUCAAGAGAAGGACAUGCCAGAGGAAGAUCAUCAGCCUUUGGGAUCACGAUGAGGCUACACAAUAACACCCCAGAGGAUGCCUACUAUGAACUGCACAGUGAGACUAAUGUUGAUGGGAGGAAAUGUUAUGAGGAAACCGAUGGGAUGAACGUAGUCCAUAUGGAUUAUUCAUUAACACCCACCCAGAAGAGGAGUCAUUGGAAUCACAUCUUGGGCGAGGAAGAUGAGUGUGGUCAGGAGGAGAAGCUUGAGGAUUAUCCCGAGGACCAGGAUCAAAGAUGCUUAAGUUUGGCCAGCACGCCUUCCUGGUGCUUAAGCAGGUCCUCUGUUGUCAGUGAGGGCUAUCAAAGGGCAUUCCCAAGCGACUUCUAUGAUGUGUCUGCUAGCGAAUGCUAUGACUCACUUGGUAGUGACAAUUAUGGAGGGUCCACAAAGCAAGGGUCAUUCAGCCAGAUCGACUGCAACACGUCUGCUGUAGAUAGAUACUCGACUUUACAGGGAAGAGGAAAGAAGUCGUCACAAGGACAACGGAAAGAGGCCGUCAGUCCUAUCAACUUUCAGUACCUCCAGCAUAGUUACGACGAAGACGGGUUCCUUCCGCAUCACCAUUGGCAGCAUAGUGUCCCCGGGGUGCACGACAACUCUGGUGGUGAGUCGACAGGAGAUGGUGCAAGUCUGGAUGACAACCGGACGUUGGGGGUAUCAGAUCAUCAACAGGAGCAACAGCUGGACAUUGAAGAUGAGGAGGAAGAAGACGAGGAGGAGGAUGGGGAGGCGGAGGACGAGGAUCCUGAUAAUAUGUUGCAAAAUCCUCAUUCCCAGUUUCUCCUCAAAAUGCGUCAAGAAAUGAACAGCAAACACACCGAACAGCCAUAUCCUGAACUCCGGCAGCCUUUGGGUAAAUAUUUCUGCUAUGCGCCCAUUGUGGACAAGCGUUACAACAGAUGGAAGAGACGGAAGCCAAAGAAACGUAAAAGAGUUGCCGUCAAGGUACACACCUACGACGGUAAGACAUCUACAAGCACGUCAAACGAGAGCACAGCAGUGGCAGAGGAAGAGAUCAAUGGUAGAGAGUUAAAGAAAGGAAAGCACUACAGGCGGGACGGGGCUAGGUCCCGAGGGAGAAAUAACAUGCAGCAGUCCACAGAUGACACCAAUCCUCAGGAGGCAUUGGACGCAAGCGCCCAGCUUCGGUUUCACCCUGUUGUUGACCGGUCCGACUUGACCUCAGCCGAGGAGACCCAACUUCCGGAAAGUACGGAAGCGUGUACGGAUUCCAGCAAGAGCAGCCUGACCUCUCGGUCCAGUGGAUCCUGUGGACCCGAACCUCGUUCCAAGGACAGUUUCAUCAUCCCCUCACCUGUGACCUUUGUGAACAUAGACGACCUGUGUCCGUCUCCCACCAAGGAGCCUAGCAGUCCAGAAUUGGAACACAGACGUCAAGAGCCGAUCAUCGAGCAGGAUAGGGCACGCAGUAGGGUAGCUUCCAUCCCGUCCAAAAACUACCCUCGCACACAGAAGAGUCUACUGUCCCUGAGUCUCAGGGGACCGACUUUUGAACAAGAGAUGAGUACGAUCGAUCCCAUGCAGGCUCUGCCGCGUACAGGCGCUCGACUCCCCCUCCUGAAAACCCAGAGGGAACGGUUGGCGCGCAGCUCGGGCAACAUCUCACGUAUCACUAGCAACACUUCCUGUCUCAACAAGAUGCAGCAGCGGCUUGGCUGGAUAAAGAGGGGCAUUCUACAGCAGAACAGUAACGCGGACCUGAAGCUGUCAGCCGAGAAGUGCGUCAUAUCCUCACCCCCACAGAGUCCGAUCCCCCUUCCCCGGGUCUCCAGGGCAAGCAGCAAGCACAAGUCGGCCAUCCCCAGGCAUACCAAAGCUUCGCGUGAGGAGAGUUUCUGUACGGUAGUCCGUGGUCACAAGAAGCAUGGUUCUACUGAGAAGAAGCAUGCAAAUAGACGGUCUUCGGUUUACGGGGUGCGGAGAGAGUACGUGACAGCUAGGGAGAGCGACGCUGAGGAGGAGCCACCAUUCACCCUCAAGGACCUUCUCUCCACACUCCCCAACUAUGAAUCUACCACCAAGGGACACCGAAAGAAGUCUCCCCCCAUACAGCAACUGACCGACUUCUUCGCCAGCAACUUUGUUAAAGGGAGUUUUCGGCACAAUCGGAAGCUUAAGCGCCCCCACGUGGACCGCAGUAUCUCGGCACUGUCCUUCACCCCAGCCUUCACCUUCUCCGUCUACACGCUGCCGCACGGCUACAGGUCGCGCAACAACCACCUGGGCGGGGCUACACACUAGCACGAGUUUUCAUUGCAAAUGGUUCCAUUUGUUGACAAGUGGGAAUUGUAAGGUUGUUGUUUUUAUUUUUAGGUCUGUUUGAAACAUUAAACCACGAUGUUGGUAAACUGUAAUCAUAUUGAAUUUAUUGGAUAUUAUUUUAUGAUUUGAAAUAUCUUUUGACUUAAAGUAACAUUUAAAAUAAUUUUAAGUUAUUGUAUCAUCGAACAUAUAUGUGUCAGAGAACUGAGCUUAGGUCAAGAUAUGAUAAAUUUUAUUUUUAUUGUGUGAAAUAUGUGUAACUGAGAGAUAAUUGUGGCCAUGUUGUUAAUAUAAGAGGUAUGGAGGAUAUGGCAAUGAUGUACACAAUUGUUUGAUCAUAAUAUAUAUUUAAGAUUUCAUUUUGAAAUAUGCUGUGGGUACAGAUUUAAUAUACUUAAGUUUUAAAAGACAUUCAAUACUGUCGAUCUUUUAUAAUUGUAUACUCCAUCACCUUUUUACGUUUAACACUAUGACACUAGAGUAUACCUGGCACUUGCGGAGUAUACCUGGCACUAGCUACAGGUAGAAUUAGAGGUACUAAUUACUGUGACGGGUUUCAGCAGAAUCACAGACACCGACUUGGUUUGGAAAGUUUACUAGUGUCCUUGUGUAUGUAGUAUAUAAAACAACAUGGCACAUAAUUCAACGAAAUAAAUUAUAAAAAUUA